UUCUUAUAUUUAUCUCUCCAUAAUCUUAGAUUUGUAAUUUUGUUUCUCAUCUUUGUUUGGCAAAUUUGGCUUUAUUCUUUAAACUACAACGAGAGUUUGGAUCUUGGUUCGUUAUUUUUCUUUUGGAUAUGGAAGUAGUUUGAAGAGUUCUUUUGGAAGUAAUCAGGGAAUGGAGGCGAGUGUUGAAGUUAUUUUUCUCUUUGAAGAUGAAUCGUUGUCUUGCCGUGUGACGAAAUCUACCACUAUUGAAACAUUGAAGAUUGUUGUAUGUGGCAGGUGGACUGUUCUGAAUCCUUGGUCGGUACAUUUCGUUUUGAAGGGGCAAUGCAAUCAAGUGUAUGUUGAUUCUGAUUUUGCGCUCCUUGCAGUGUUUGAAAGAUUUUUUAUGAGAGGUGUAUCAACUUUUAACCUUUUCUGUGAGAGAUUUGUUUGCCCCAUAUCCCCCAUGUCGCCUUCACCCUGCCAAAAUCCUAUUCCUCCUUCUUGUUCGGAUAAAAAUCCAACCACAGAUCAAGCUAGAGGGCCACGCGUAGUUUCUCCAGUUUCGAAGGAAAAUAUUUCGAGGGUUCUCAAGCUGGUCUGAAGCAAAAGCAAAAAAAGAGUAAGUUGUGGCAACAAGCAAUAACUGGGGUCGGAAAAAUCUUUUAUAAUGGUGUUCAGGAGGUUAGGAAUGCUGUUGCCAUGGUAUGUUUUGAGAAUGGCCAUGAACCUGAUAGCAAGAAAAGAAAGAGUGAACCUUCUAGGUAUACCGUUCGAUGCAAAAAUUGGAAAACUGCUGGAUGUUUAUGGGAGUUCCAUGCCAAAUCGAUCACUAAAGAUAAUAAAAUUUUUGAGGUAAUGAGAUAGUUAAGGAUCAUACUUGUGGAGCUGGAUACAGGGAAAGUAAAGUAUGCGUUCCGGCCAAGUUUGUAAAACAAGUUAUCAAUGAACAAGUUAGAAACUACCCAUUGAUAUCACCUAAGAAGAUUAUAAGUGAUUUCAAGACUGAUUAUGAAAUAAAUCUUCCAUAUCAGCAAGCUUAUAAUGGGAUUAAAUUGGUUCAUAAGGAUAUGUAUGGUGAUGAUGUGAAAGCUUAUACAGACUUGGUGUGGUAUGUUAAAAAAGUAGAGGAGACGAAUGAGGGUUCUAUUGUCGAUUUUCAGUAUGAUGAUUCAACCGAAGAGUUUAAAAGACUGUUUCUUGCAUAUGGUGCAUUAAUCAAGGUUUUUGAAUAUUGCCGUGCAAUGUUGUAUUUAGAUGCCACGUUCCUUACCGGUAGGUUCAAAGGUUGUUUAAUGGCUGCAACUGCGAAGAAUGGCAACGAUGAGUUUUAUCCCAUUGCAUAUGGUAUCGUCUCUCAUGAAGAUGGUGCAAACUGGGUUUGGUUUUUGAAAAAUCUAAAAAAGGUUGUCAAAGGGAGGCAGAUUGUUUUUCUUUCUGAUCAAGGAACAGGGUUAUUGUAUGAUGUUCCUGAAGUUUUCCCAGAUGCGUACCAUUCUUAUUGGUAUUACCACAUGAAGCAAAAGAUUCCUGUCCAAGGAGAUGAUCAAUUGUAUCCUCAUGUGCUAAACCACUGGAGGCAUGCUGUGUACGCCUUGACGGAAGGUGGGUAUAAUAAAGCUGUGAAAGAUCUCAUUGAUUUGGAAUGUGGCCACGUUGUGAGAUGGAUGGAGAAACAAGGACCUGAGCAUUGGUCCAAUGCAUUUUUCGAGGGCUGUAGGUACGGUGAAGUUGCUUCAAGUGUGGCUGAAUCUGUCAAUAAUUGGGUGAAGGACGAGAAGAGGAUGCCGGUAUCAGCUCUCGUUAAUACUAUUAGAAUGAAACUCAUGGAAGUGAUCCAUAAGCGUCAUAAGAUUUCCGAAACUAUGACAAGUCGCUUGACUCCAGACUAUGAAAACAAGUUAAAAGAACUUACUGAUGAAGGUAACUCUUGGAUUGUUAUACCUGCUGGGGAUACUUUGUUUGAAGUUGUUGCAGAUCACCGUUAUGCUGUCAAUUUGGAGAUUUUUCACUGUUCUUGCAAUAGGUGGAAGGUUUAUGGAUUUCCUUGCAGCCAUGCUAUUCAAUGCAUAUUGCUGUCUGGAAAACAAGUAUAUGACUUUGUUCAGCCGUAUUUCACAUCUAGCUGGUACAAAACUCUUUAUUCUUUCGCUAUCCAUCCUGUUCCAGAUUCCGAGAAAGAGAAUGAGUCAUCUGACAAUGUGCGAGUUAUUCCUCCUCCUGUUAAAAAGGGUCCAGGGCGUCCAAAGACUGAGCGUUUUCAGCCAAAGUCUGUGAAGAUGAAGAGUGAGAAGAGAAAGAUAAGAUGCGGAAACUGCAAGAGGCUAUCGAAUCACAACAGCCGAACUUGCCCGAAUCAGGAAGUUCAUGAUUUUUCUGGGAUAUGAUGUCUUUCUGGGAUAUGAUUUCUUUGUUAUUUUUUUAGCUUUAGAGAUGGUAAGGGUUUUUUAGUUCUCCCAUUGCUUUAGAAAAAGGUUUUUAGUUGGAUUUUUAGUUUCAUUCUUAGUUGUUUUGAUUAUUUCAGUACAUUUGACAUCAAUUUAUCAUAUCAUUAAUUUAAAGUUCUCUUUCCUU